CCACUCUCAGCCCAGCUCUGAUCACUGCAUCACUGCAGCUGCUCUGCCUGUUUACAGGUUGGGUGUCGCGGCUCGAUGACGUCACCGCGCCGCUGUUGUGAGUGAUGUGAAGAUGGGAACAGGUAGAGACCCCGAGCUCAGAGCCCACAGUGGGGAUGGAGAGGAGGGAGACACGGAGGACUGUACAUCCACGAACCCAUGGAAUAUCAUGAUCAAACACCGCCAGGUACAUCGCAGGGGGAGGCGCACCCACAUAUCUGCCAGCUUUACAGACCCUGCGGUCUCCAUGGAACUACUGCGGGCUGUGCUGCAGCCUACUAUUAACGAAGAGAUUCAGGGAGUUUUCAAUAAGUACAUGAAGUUUUUUCAGAAGGCUGCUGGGAAUGUAAGAGAUAAUAUCGGUGAGCAGGUGGAUCCAGAACAACUAAUCCGUGAGACAUGCCGUAGCUGCCUGGAGCAGGCUAAGGUUCUAUUUCCUGAUAAAGAGAAAUCUGCGCAGAAACCUAUCUCCGAUAUGCCUCUGUCGAAGAGAGCAAGACAAAUUGAAGAAGAAGUUACCAUGCGGAAGAGUCCAGUUCCCAAGAAGAGGAAGGGACGGCCUCCUGGACAAUCUCUGGGUAAUGACCGAGGUUCUACAACAUUCACACCAUUGAAAAAAAACGAACCCAUCAGACGGGAGGGACCAAAGUGGGAUCCAGCUAGAUUAAAUGAGAGAGCCACCUUCGUGCUGGGAUCACGAGCUAACAAGGCCCUAGGAAUGGGAGGGACCAGGGGACGCCUUUACAUCAAACAUCCUGAGCUAUUUAAGUAUGCCGCAGACCCCCAGGACAAACAGUGGCUUACAGAAAAGCAGCACAUGAGAGCUACGGGUGGAAAAAUGGCUUAUCUCCUUCUAGAGCAAGAUAUCCUGGAGCUGGCAUCAAAUGAUGACUACAGGGAAUCUAUGGAACUGAAAUUGGAUGAGCUUAAGCCAUUUACUGUACCCCUGUGGAUGACUGACAAGAUGAAGAAGAAUAUGGAGAUGCAACUUGUAGACCAACCGUAGCUGGCAGCAAUUUAAUGAUUUUUCCCUGUAAAAUAUUGUCAACGAGAACAUCAAACAUAGAAUAAAAAGAACACUCCAGGCACCAAAACCACUGCAGCUCACUGCAGGGCGUAGCUCAGGAGAGCAUUGGUAGUGGAGGCAGGGAGUGCCCUGGAGGGAGGGAUACAGGCAGCUAUAGUGAAUCUGGCGCUUGGAGUGUUCCUUUAAAAAUAAAAAAAACAGUAGAGAAAACACAUUUUGUUACACAGAGGCCAUAUGAAAUUGUACUGUCAGUGUAUGUCUCUACCUAUAACCUUCCUAGCUCCUCUGCGAGGCACCGUAUGACUAGGGAAGAAUAAUAUGCACUUAACAAUCCGAUUAUCUGACAAAUGUACAUUGUGGCACAAUUUGCACAAAUAAAAUGUGAUUUUAGAGAUGUU